CGCAUCUUUGGGACCAGCCAGGUGUUCCAGAACAUCGAUGAUGUAAAGCCAAAGGCCACGGGAUUAACAGUGCCCCUCAAAGUCAGGGAGUAGUGAGUGACUAUCUUGUCCCAGGGUCCCAGGUUCCUACUCUGCACAGCCAGUGACAUGCCCUACAGCUUUGGGUUGGUUACUCUCCCUCUCUGGGCUUCAGUGAACUCAACUGUGUAACAGGGCUCUCCCACACCAGCAGAUGAAGAUGGUGGCCUGGAUGAGCUCCAGGAAUGCCAGCCUCCUCUCCCUGGGUGUCUGUCUACCUGCCCAACCCUGUCUCUCCACCCAAGCCUCCCUCCUCCCAACCCACCUGCAGCUGCAGCUGUAUGCCCUGGGCUGGCCAAAGUCAGGGCCAGCCCCUCUGCUUCCUGCCCCCCCCCCCCCCCCACAGCUAUCACCAAGGCCAGCAGUGCUUGGAGAGAGAGGACUGGGAGAUGGCCGUGCUGUACUUUUCCCGCGCCCUCCACCUGAACUCCCAGCUGACUUCUAUGCUUUACGCGCCGAGGCCUACAUCCAGCUCUGUGACUUCUCCUCGGCCGCCCUGAACCUGCGAAGGGCCUACUCCUUCCAGCCAGAAAACGCCAAAUACCUGGAGCGGCUUACCUUCGUCCUUUACCUGCAGGGCCAGUGCCUGCUCGAACAGCGUGCCUUCCUGGAUGCCCUGAAAAUCUUCUCACAAGCCUCUGCACUCCAGCCCGAGAAAGCCAGCUUCCGUUACCGAUGCAUGGCCUGUCUCCUGGCCCUCAAACGGCACCAGGACUGCCUCUUGCUCGUCACCAAGGAGGUGCAGCUUGGCACGACCAAUGCCGACAUCUACAUCCUCCGGGCCAGGCUCUACAACUUCUUCCAGAAGCCCAGCCUCUGCUAUCGAGACCUGCACAGAGCCUUGCUGUUGGACCCCAAGCACCCACAGGCCAAGGUGCUGCUCAAGAUGAUGGUGGACCAAGCCCAGCAGGCUCGCCAAGAUGCCGGGAUCCUAGCCGUGCAGGGCAAGCUUCAUUACGCUCUGCAGCGCAUCAACUGUGCCAUCGAGAACAACCCUCUGGAUCCAGGCCUCUUUCUUUUCCGGGGCAUCAUGUACCGCCGCCUCUGGGAGUUUGACGCGGCUGUGGAGGACAUCCUGAAGGCGCUGGACAUGAUGAGCGAGCGCCAGGAGGACAUCGCGCAGCAGGCGCAGCGGCAGCUGCUGCUGGCCUACAACGACUUCGCGGUGCACUGCUACAUGCAGGGUGCCUACCAGGAGGGGGUGCUGCUGCUCAACAAAGCCCUCAGGGACGAGCAGCAGGAGAAAGGCCUGUACAUCAACCGCGGGGAUUGUUUCUUUCAGCUGGGCAACCUGACCUUUGCGGAGGCGGACUACCAGCAGGCGCUGGCACUGAGCCCACAGGACGAGGGUGCCAACAUCCGCAUGGGCCUGCUGCAGGAGAAGAUGGGCUUCUGCGAGCAUAGGAGCAGGCAGUUCCAUAAGGCAGAGAGCCACUUCUCAGUGGCCAUCCAGCACAACCCCCGGAAGGCCCAGUACUACCUGCACCGUGCCAGGAGCCGGCAGCUCCUGCAGAACAUUCUGGGGGCCCGCCUGGAUGUUGCCACCGUCCUGCUCCUCAACCCCAAACAACCUAAGCUGCUCCCACUGAUGACCAAUCUCUUCCCGGGCAUGUCGGUGGAGGAGGUGCUCGGCAGCCAGGCGGCCCACCUGGCCAGGUUGCAGCUGGAUCGGGUGUCAGAGAGCAGCCCGCAGGCUGGCAUCCCUCAAGGCAUCGUGGGGCAACUCAGGGAGCGGGAGCGAGAGCGCCACAAGGCACGGGCCCUGCAGCUCAGGUGGAAGCAGGAACAGCCUUCGGCCGAGACCUCUGAAGAGCUCAAGGCCACCACCCCCCAGACCCUGGAGGAAAAGCCAGAAGGUCCAAAGGAAGAAGCUGAGGCCCCCAAGAAGGAGGAAAAACAGGAGGAGAAGCCGAAGGCCGCAGCCAGCAAGGUGAGGUCCCUGUCCAACAGCUACCUCAGCCAGACCUCUUCAGGCUGCAUCUUCGGCUUCAGGACCCUGUCCACCUCAGAGACAGAGAUGUCCACUACCUGCCAGGAAUACAAGAGCACCUCGGGCACUGCUGUGACAUCCUCAAUCUCCUCACUGCUGAAGACUCAAUCCUCAGACCUGUUGGAGAACGGGGAAGACCUAAAAUUGAGCCACAGCCCCAGAGAAAACGAGGCCGCCCGGGGCCAGAGCCGGAGGCCCAGCCAGACCGCGGCCGCCCAAGGCCAGAGCCGGAGGCCCAGCAAGAUGAAGGCCGCCCAGGGCCAGGGCCAGAGGCCCAGCAAGACGGAGGCUGCCCAGGGCCAGAGCUGUAGUUCCAGCGAGACAGAGGCCACACGAUGCGCACAACGAAAGCCUAACAAAACCAAGGCCGCUAGGGGCCCGAGGCAGAGGUUCAGAAAGACCAAGGUUGCCCAUGGCCAUAGCUGGGGACCCAGUAAGGCUGCCACCCAGGGCCAGUGCUGGGGACUGAUCCGAAGUCCCAGCAAGACCAAGGAUUUCUAUGAUCCAAGUUGGAGCCCCAGCAGCACCGAGGCCACUCAGGGCCAAUGCCAGAAGCCCAGCAAGACUGAUGCUGCCCAGAGUUCGAGCCAGAGCACGAGCCCAGGUUCCAGCAAGACUGAAGUAACCAGGGCCUGAGCCUAAGUCUCAGAAAACCCCAGCCAGAAAAAUCAAGGCUGGCCAGGACUCCAGCCCUAGCAGUUACAUUGUUCUCUGAAGGGACCAUUCAGCCCCUCACUUCUUGCUGGGUAUGGAAGAGAUUCUAACCCCCUCCCGCCAUACACACACGCUCACCGGCACUCAGCAAAAUAGCCUCCUUCCAGAGCAAUUAGAUACCUCAGCCAACAUUCCUCUGGUCCCAUGGCUAAGUUUAUUGUAUUUGUUCUCUUAUAAAAUUAAAAACUUUAAAAACUA